GUUUACGUCUGCUCGUUGCAAGAAAAGUAAAUAAGCUAGUUAACCCUGGUGCAGCGUGGCUAGUUAACCUUUGAAGGCGUUUACAGAGCUAAAAAAACAGAGUGACAAUGCUCCUCCAAUACCGAGCUGUUGUGUCACUCGGACGCUGCAUGGCCACUCAUGUGACGAGAGGACCUUUGGUGGACACAGCAAGACCCAAAUCAGACAUGUCUGAAUUCCGAGAGGCCUUUUCCAAAGCCAAGCACAUAGCAAUCAUCACAGGGGCUGGUGUCAGUGCUGAGAGCGGACUCCCGACUUUCCGGGGUGAACAUGAGAAAUGGAGGAAAUGGCAAUCACAAGACUUGGCUUCUCCAGAGGCCUUCUCUCGUUACCCGUCACGGGUGUGGGAGUUCUACCAUCACAGGAGAGAGGUGGCGUUGAGUAAAAAGCCCAACUCUGCUCAUGUGGCCAUAGCAGAAUGUGAAGCCCGGCUGAAAAAGCAGGGCCGCUCUGUCGUCGUCAUCACCCAGUGCAUUGACGAUCUACACCAACAGGCGGGCUCCAAACAUGUGCUCAGGGUUCACGGUAGUCUGAUUGAAACGCGCUGUUUGACUUGUGGAGAUGUGACCGUCAACAAGCGCAGCCCCAUAUGUGCUUCCCUCAAGAACAAAGGUUCCCCGGACCCAAAUGUAGCAGAUGCUGACAUUCCUGUGGAUAAACUUCCAAGGUGUUCUGAAAGUGACUGCCAUGGUCUGCUGAGGCCAAACGUUGUGUUUUUUGGGGAGACGUUGAACUCUCAUAUCCUGACCAAGGUGGAAAAAGAGCUGGAAGUCUGUGAUCUUUGUCUGGUGGUGGGUACAUCGUCAAUUGUCUACCCGGCAGCCAUGUUCGGCCCUCAGGUUGCAUCCAGAGGGGUCCCAGUUGCAGAAUUUAACCUACGAAUGACACCAAAGUCUGAGUACUUCACGUACCACUUCCAGGGUCCAUGUGGAACAACACUGCCAGCAGCCUUGGCACGGCACGAGUCUGAGGUCUAAGCACGGGCACCAACCGGUGGCUUCUGGCAACGGUCCAAAGCAAAAAGGGGUUGUUGUUGUAUUCUCUUCUAAAUGUUUGCUGUACAACGUUUCUUAUGCUUGGGUGCGUAGCAUGUAGCACUGCAGGUGACACAAUACUUGAAUGUGCUGCUGAAUAAUUGGAAAUUAGAUAUAAUAUAUGCUUGGAGGGUUAGGAAUCAGCCAUGCAUUUUGAUGGAUCGCUGAGAGGGAUGUUACAUAUGCAGUAGAUAACUAUUUCUUACUUUUUUAUACAAUGUACAUAUUUGACAUAGUUAACAACAUUCAAAUGUACUGUAAUCUAAAAUUUGGCAUCAGGUAGAAUGUAACAAGCACAUUUGGGUGCUAGAGAAGAGUUAUUUCUCCUUUUGUCAUCUUGUGCCUUUCACACUGUCGACGCAGCCUUGACCAAACAUUUGCUUUAGCCUUGACCAAACAUUUGCUUUAAACCUUACAGAGUAAAAUGAGCUCAUGUUACAUAGAUGUAUUGGACACAGCACUACAUGCCUUCUCAUGUUCACAAACAUCUGUUUCACUCAAUGCAUUAUGACCAUGUGUUUAAUCGGGGUAGGUGGGUAUUGUUCUUUCUAUGUUUUACCAAAAAGUAUACUGCACACUUUCUUACCAUGUACUCAAAUUAUAAUGUUCAAUCAAAUAUUCUAAUGCAAUAAUUCAGAAAGAUAUGAAAUCAUUUAAGUCUUGAAUUAAAUUGAAUCCUACAUGAUUUCUCUAAGGCAUUUUAUUGAAACUGCAUGUGCUAUGAUGGCAUUAGUGCAUUGAUGAAAAUGUUACAAUGUUAUGUAAAAAUGUUUUAAAUAUAAAACAUUAACAUGCAUGAAUAGCUCAAAUAAGAAGCUGAAAAUUGUUAAAAUAAAAAUACAACAUUUUAAACAUUUUUUAAUCAUCCAUCCAUCCAUUUUCUAUACCGCUUCUCAUUAGGGUUGCGGUGGUAUGCUGGAGCCUAUCCCAGCUGACUUCGGGCGACAGGCGGGGACUGGUCGCCAGCCAGUCUUUUUUAAUAAUCAUGUAGCACAAAAAACCUGAUAUUAAAUGUUGUAGACAACCACAGUGUAUCCAGAUUUUUUUUUUCCAUGAAUUAACUGCAUUUACUAAUGCAGAGAUAACCGAAGUGCGGGAUGUGGGCCAACACCAUAGAUAUAAAAUUAAACAUUUUUUAGAAAAAUUUAGCAGAAAAGGCAGAAUGUGAAGAGAAAGAUCUGCAAUGUUGUUAAUAACACAAGGCUUUGUCUUGAAAUAUACUUUUUUUUUUCAACCUUUUCACAAAAUAUUUUUUUUUAAUAAAAAUAUCUAAGUGACCCCCUGCAUGUUUUGAUUUUUUACGAUACGGCCCUCGGUGGAAAAAGUUUGGACACCCCUGUACUAGCGGAUGAACUAGAGUUCAGUUCAAUGUUAGACCCCUUGCAAAACAUUUAAAUACAGUAAAUUGGUCGAAUUUGACAAUUUGUGGUUAACAUUGAGCUCUUUAGGAGCGUUAACACAGAAAACACAAAAUAUAAAAUUGUCACCUCUGUUCUGCAUACAAUCAAGCCAAUCAUUCUUGUGGUGCUUCUCAAUAGGCUCUAUUCGAAAUAAACAUACAAUGUGCAAGCUGUAAACCCGAUGCCAUGAGCUUUAUUAAGGCCCAGCCAGGUAUUUUCUAUUCAUAGCAAAUUCACAACUCUGCAAAGGAGACAGGUGUGGAAUCCUGCUUAUCACACACCUACACACCUACACACGCACACUCACUCUCAUCAUCCUAACCUUUCUCUGAACUGUACAUGUUUAAACGGCUGCGAUGGCAAAUCCUGACAGUUAAUCCCUCCUUUGCCCCCCAUCUUCUUAUUAUUUUUAGAAAGCAGG